AUUUUUUCCAGUCCUUCAUUUUUUUUUUAAAAACAACAAAAGCACCACAAAAUGGCUUAUCCCGGCUACCCCCCUCAAGGCGGCUACCCACCGCAAGACAACAACUUUGGCUACCCUCCGUCGGGCGGCUUUGGCUACCCACCCCAGGGCGGCUUCGACCCCAACGCCAUGCCUCAGGCAAUGCCGUACGGUGGUCCCCCGCAGGGCUAUGGCACUCCGCCGCCCCAAGGCUACGGCGCACCUCCGCAGGGCUAUGGCGCACCUCCUCAGGGCUAUGGCGCCCCUCCUCAGGGUUAUGGGGGUUAUGGUGCUCCGCCGCAGGGAUACGGCGCACCUCCCCAGCAAGGCUACGGCGCACCUCCCCAGCAAGGCUACGGCGCACCUCCCCAACAGGGCUACGGCGCACCUCCGCCGCAACAGGGCUAUGGUCAGCCUCCCCAACAGGGCUAUGGUCAGCCUCCCCAACAAGGCUAUGGUCAGCCUCCUCAACAAGGCUACGGCCAGCACCCGCCCCAGCAGGGCUACGGCCAGCAGCCUCCUCAGCAGGGCUACCAGCAGCAAGGCCCUCCCCAGCCGGCUGGUCAGUCGUACGCACCUGCUCCGGCCGCAGCCCCGGCUCCCGCACCUGUUGCUGCCGCUGCUCCGGCGCCUGCCGCUGCUGCUGUCGCUGCCGCUCCCGCCGUCCCGGCCGCUCCAGUGUACACUGGCACGAUCGCCGCACGCACGCCUGGCUUUGACCCCGAGAAGGAUGCCGAGGUUUUGCGCAAGGCCAUGAAGGGCCUUGGCACGGACGAGGCCGCCAUCAUUGGCGUUCUCGGUGCCCGCGCCGCCCACGAGCGCAAGCGCAUCAUGAUUUCCUUCAAGCAAAUGUACGGCAAGGAUCUCAUCAAGGACCUCAAGAGCGAGCUCUCGGGCAACUUUGAGAAUGCCAUUCUGGCGCUCUUGCGCACCCGCGCCGAGUUUGACGCCUGGUCGCUCCGCAACGCCAUGAAGGGUGCCGGCACCAACGAGAACUGCCUGAUUGAGAUCAUGUGCACGCGCACCAACCAGGAGAUUGAGGAGAUCAAGCGCGAGUACAAGGCCAUGCACAACCGCGACCUCGAGAAGGACCUCGUGUCGGAGACCUCGGGCCACUUUAAGCGCCUCCUCGUCUCGAUGGCCACUGCUGCCCGCGACGAGUCGACCACCGUCGACAUGGACAAGGCUCGUGCCGAUGCUGCCGCUCUCUACGCUGCCGGCGAGGGCAAGUGGGGCACGGACGAGUCCAAGUUCAACCAAAUCCUCGCUGCGCGCUCCCCAGCGCAUCUGCGCGCCGUGUUUGACGAGUACCCGCGCACCUCGGGCUACGCCAUCGAGCGCUCGAUCGAGCGCGAGUUCUCGGGCGACAUUAAGAACGGUCUGCUCGCCGUUGUCAAGUCCAUCCGCAACCGCCCCGCGUACUUUGCCGAGCAGCUGUACAAGUCGAUGAAGGGCGCCGGUACCGACGAGACCACCCUCAUCCGCGUCGUCAUUUCCCGCUCUGAGGUCGAUCUCGUCCAGAUCAAGGAGGAAUUCUUGCGCACGUACAACAAGACGCUCGCCAAGAUGAUUUCGGACGAUAUUUCGGGCGAUUUCAAGCGCUGCAUGAUCAAGAUUGUUGGCAACUAGAAGCAAAAAAAAAAGAAGACAAAAGCAGCACUCUGCGAUGUGUGAACAAGAAAAAAAAAAAAAAGGCCCAUGCAAGCCACAGGGAAAAAAGUUUGUUGUCAAAAGAAAAGAAAAGCAAAAGCCACGAAAUGUGCAUUUUUGUGGGGUGUUUUGUUGUUAAAAUGAAUGGUUAUCUUCUCCA